AUGGCGAGCUCUAAUGGCAACGAAGCAUUUCGUCGUACUCUUCGGCUCUUGGACGAUCGUAUUUCAAGUGCUGAAUAUCUUCAGUUCGGCGCCGAUGAUCUUCAAGAGAUGAAUGUCAUUGUGCGCCCUGCCUCCUUUGCUCGAACUAGCGAAGAUAUAGAGCUUAAGUUGUGUUUCUUCAUACCAACUACUUCUAACGUUUUAUCUGCGCCUGAUGAACAAGACCUUGCGGAGGAGUUCCUGGAGUUCCCUGAAUACGAUGCAACAAGAGAGGAGAGGUAUGGGGAGAAAUCAUGGGAAAGGGCACGCUCACUUGAACGUUAUCUAUCCUGCUGUGUGAUCGACUGUGGACUCGACGAGCUGGGAUGGAAUAGUCUAGAUGUCUCCAAAUAUAAAGUACUUUGGGAGUAUAAAGUGUCGCAGUGGUAUGUCGAAUCAGUUUACUGCCACAAUUCGAAAUACCCCCACGUCAAAGCAACUAUGAUUUCCGAUCAUGAGGGUAAUGAUGGAACAUUAUUUCGUGGGGAACUUCUAGCUCUGAUUAGAUUAAUCAGAGGACGAUUAGCAACUAAAUCUGUUGCCCAUUACUCAAACUAUCCAGUAUUGCUGUUUUCGAUGAUGGGCGUACAGCACGUGCGAAUACUCCAGGCUUAUAUGGAUAGCUCCACGUUGGUCAUACAGAAGAGCAAGCUCUAUGACUGUCGACAUAAGAAUUCCGGGCUUCUGGAUUUCCUUAUUGCGUGGUUCCUCAGCAGUCCUACGGGCGAGCUUACAUCGAGUAAUUGA